UACAUGUCCCAGUCAUUUCCAUAAUUCAUCAUAAAUUGUGCAAGGGUGCUAUAGACGCACAAAACGACCAAGAGCCACAAAUCAAGCACACAUAUCAAAAAACAAAUGAGCUCUUAUUUUGUAAACUCAUUUUGCGGUCGCUAUCCAAAUGGCCCGGACUACCAGUUACAUAAUUAUGGAGAUCACAGCUCGGUGAGCGAGCAAUACAGGGACUCCGCCAGCAUGCACUCCGGCAGGUACGGAUACGGCUACAAUGGCAUGGACCUCAGCGUCGGGCGCUCUGCUUCCACCCACUUUGGUGCCAAUGAGAGACCCCGCAGUUACCCAGCCAACACCACCUCUGCCUCGGCAGAGCCCAGGUACAACCAGCCCGCGACGGCUUCCCACUCGCCUCCCCCUGACCCUCUGCCCUGCACCGCCGUGGCCGGUUCGCCUGUCAGCGAGAGUCACCACGGGGUGAAAAACUCCCUCGCCAACUCCACCAGCACUUCGUCCAAUUCCAGCAGCAACACGCACAUCAGCAGAGACGGGGUUGGCACCUCGUCUGGGACUGAGGAAGACACUCCAGCAAGCAGCGAGCAGGCAAGUGCCCCGACCGACCAAAGCACAGCCCAGCCUUCACAGCCCCAGAUCUACCCCUGGAUGCGAAAACUGCACAUAAGUCAUGACAACAUAGGGGGACCAGAAGGGAAAAGGGCUCGGACUGCUUACACCCGCUAUCAGACCUUGGAGCUGGAAAAGGAAUUUCACUUCAAUAGAUACCUGACCCGCAGAAGAAGGAUUGAAAUAGCACAUGCUCUUUGCCUCUCAGAGAGACAAAUAAAGAUCUGGUUCCAAAACAGGAGAAUGAAAUGGAAAAAGGAUAAUAAGCUGAAAAGUAUGAGCAUGGCAGCUGCAGGAGGGGCAUUUCGUCCCUAAGCGUUUGAUCAAUUAAAAGUACUGAGCAGUAUUAGCUGACCCUGCGUCUCAUGUCAGUACUAAGUUGACUUUCUAAAACUUCCUUGUGUUACUUCUGUGAAGAAACCCUGUUCUUGUCGCCCUUAUUCAUCUUUUAAUCAUGAGCCUGUUUAUUACCAUUCUCUCGCG